AUGGCGCAGAACCCCUCAGCACCUACCUCGUCGCUGGAGCCGCCGAGUCUGUUGGUGGUGGGGGCAGGCCCGGUGGGUCUCGUCGCGGCGUGCGUGUUGCGGCGCCACGGGCUGCACGUGCGCGUCGUGGAGCGGAAUCGCGCGCCGUCGGAGCACUCCAAGGCGCUGGCGCUGCACGCGCGCACGCUCGAGAUCUUAUCCGCGCAUGACGGCGUCGUGGACGCUUUAAUCGCCGCGGGAACCAUAGUGGAGGGAAUCGAGGUCCGAACAGACGGACACCUGGCAGCGUCGCUCGAUCUCUUCGAGUUAAACGGCGGCCCUGCCGGAGGUGACGGCGGAAGGCACGGCAGGGACCACGGCGUGGCGCGCCCCGAGGAGCUGUCCGCGGAUUGCGGGGAUGACUCCAGGCCCAGCGUGUGGGCUACGCGGUUCCCGUUCGUGCUGAUGGUGCCGCAGAGCGACACGGAACGGAUUCUGGCGCGGUGCCUCAAGAACGUGUAUGGGACGGACGUGGAGUGGCAGACGGAGCUUGUCAGAAUCCAUCAGGACCCGAGUGCAGUGCAUGUGGAGAUUCGGCAUGCGCAUGCACGCACAGGGCAACCCCCCACCCCUGCCGCACCAUACCACUCCACAGCAACUGCAGCAGAGACAAGCACAGGCACUGCAACCAGGGCAACCAGAGGGAUAGGGCGUGAGACGGAGAGGGAGGAGUGGAGAACGGUGGAGGCGGAUGAGGAGGGAUGGGGGGAGGUGGAGGCAGUGGCGUUUGACCUGGUGUGUGCAUGUGACGGGCCGCACAGCACGUGCCGCCGCCAGCUGGGACUCUCCUUUGACGGGCUGCAGUACCCCAUGCACGCGCUCCUCGCUGACGUGGCGCUCUCCCAUUGGCCAUUCCCUCGGAGCAAGGCCCACGUGUUCACUCGUGGUAAGCGCGUGCUGACACCUGGUGCAAUGGGGUUGGGAGAAGUGGGCCCUGGGGUUCCAGGAGGGAGAGGAGGUGGAGGUGGAGGGGGAGGUGGGGUAGUAGGGGGAAGAGGAGAGGGUUGGGGGGGGGUUCUAGCAGCUGUGCCGUUUGGGGUGGAUGGCUUGUGGCGGUUGAUAUUUGAUGAAGGGACGGCCAGGAUGUUUGCGCCAGCAGGGCUGAUUGACCAAACCGAGGGCCUCAGGCAUGGCAAGGGGAAGGCAGGGGAGGGAGGUGAGGCAGCAGCAGGGGAACUGGGGGAACGGGGGCUUGGGACAAGGACAGGUAGGGGAGAAAGUGGAGGGGUUGACAGGGGGCAUGUGCAUCCAUGGCCGGGGCGACCUGGGGAAGGGCGAUAUGGGGUAGGCACUAUAGAACGAGGGGUUGGAGAGGGAGAGGGGGUGCGGCGGGGUGGCGGAGUUGACAGCAGUGAGACUCCUUAUGUUGAAAUUCCAUCCUCAUCCUCAGCAGUUGUAGCCGAACCUGUAGAGGUCCCUCCUGCAGUAUCAGAAAGCCCAGUUUCAGCAGCUGCUUCUGGUGCUGGUGCUGGUGCUGGUGCUGGUGCUGGUGCUGGUGCUGGUGCUGGUAGUGUCAGCACUGAUUCAGCACCGUCCUCUUCCCCAUUGACACCUCAGCAGCCAGCAUUGACACCUCAGCACGUGUCUGCCAUGCUCAACGCCAUCAUGCCAUGUGGCGGCCACGUGGACACCAUCCAUUGGUGCAGCGUUUUCAGCAUGCACCUGCGCUCCCUAAACCGUUUCAUCCAAUCCCGCGUCUUAUUCCUAGGCGACGCAGCCCACAUACACAGCCCUGUGGGCGGCCAGGGGCUUAACACAGGAGUGCAGGAUGCUUAUAACGCAGCAUGGAAGCUGGCUCUGGUUGGAAGAGGCAUUGCGGGUCGGGAGCUCUUAACUACCCCCGACGGAGGCACACCCUCCCACCACCUGCUGCUCUUUGCUGGCACCGGCUCUAAACCAUCUCUCCUGCGGCAGCUCAGGUUGUUUAAAGAUGAGGCUCUAGCAGCGGCAAUGGGGGGCAGAAGAGGGGCGGAGGGCGAGGAGGCUGCCUGGAAGAUUCCUGUCUCCGUGCAUUGUAGGUACCAUGGGGAUGCGUGUCCGUUCUACCUGGUGCGGCCAGAUGGGCAUGUGGCGCUGAGGGCCGGCCAGUGGCAGCCGGGCAGGGCACAGGCGUACUUUGAUGGGAUCAGAGGGCGAAUGGGCAAGGCUGGAGGGGGGUAG